AAUAAAUAUUUCCGUGCAGGCACAUGAACAGCUGCCUGGGGUCCUUCUCAGCAACACCCUUCCAAGAUGGCAGCCAACAGUAGCAGCACGGUUAGCAAAGCUAGCAUCAGCGCCGGUGGAAAACAGUCCGGCCCGUCAGCCGAACAGGUGGUGGCAACAUUUCAGAGGAUGCGUCAGGAGCAGCGCAGUAUGGCUUCUAAAUCUGCAGAUUUGGAGAUGGAGAUCAACGAGCAUGGUUUAGUAAUUGAAACCCUGAAGGAAGUGGAUCCUUCGAGGAAAUGCUUUCGUCUUGUAGGAGGGGUGUUGGUGGAGAGGACGGUAAAAGAAGUUCUGCCAGCCUUGGAAUCCAACAAAGAACAGAUCUCCAAAAUAAUCGAGUCCAUCAACACGCAGAUGCAGACGAAAGGACGGGACCUCACAGAGUACAGGGAACGCUACAACAUCCGGUUGGUGGGAGAAGGUGAAGCGGAGGUACAGGGCCAGUCGGGCGCUUCUUCCAGUGACAGCAAAGAAGGCGGGUCUAAAAGCGGAGCUGGCGUUUUAGUGUCGUAGUUUGUAAUAUUAGAGGGCGACCGAAGGGCCUUAUGAUUUCUGCAGUACUGAGAAUAUUGUUGUCACAAAAUCUAGGUUUCAAAAUGUAACCUUUUUUUCUGAUUAAAUACUAAACUGAAUAAGUACUUUGCAACAGACACAAACUCACUAUACGUAGUGUUCUUCUUUCAUAUGUGAAUGCGUAUAAAAAAUGAAGGGUGUUUGUUGUUUCUUUCUGAAAUAUGUGGCCUGAAUUGAAUUCUUCUCGUACUUGUUUUUAGUCUUACUGUCAUUUACACUUGAGCUGUCUUACAGUAAACUAUCUCCUCCCUUAUUAAUAUAUAAUUCCAAAAUGCUGGGUUAAAAAUUCAAAGUAAAGGAAAAAAGUGAACAUGCUGUUGCUGGAUUUUGGACUAACAACUUUAAAAAAUAAAAGCUGAUUUCAUAGGGCCCUGAAGUAGGUUGAGCUUUGCAAGAUGUCACCCUUGCCGAGGCGCUACAGGUCCUUGAAGGCAACAUGUGUUAUGAACAUGAAAAAGAUGUUAUACUGUAAACAUGUCACUAUAGAUUACAAUAAAUGUCUCAACCUUUUUCACCCUCUCUCUGCAAAACACACAACUUCACGAAUAAAAUAGUUAUGCCUA